AAGUUGUAGGGAAGGCGCCGGUCCCCAGCAUGGCGGCCGCCUGUCCCUGCCGGCUGAUUGCUCCCGAGACUGCUGCCACCCGGCUCCUGGGUGUCCUGUGGUUCGUGUCAGUCACCACGGGACCUUGGGGAGCUGCCGCCGGAGGCGGCGAAGAAACAUUUAAGUGCGAGGACCUCAAACUGGGACAAUAUAUUUGUAAAGAUCCAAAAAUAAAUGAUGCUACACAAGAACCAGUUAAUUGUACAAACUACACAGCUUAUGUACAGUGUUUUCCAGCACCUAACAUAACUUGUAAGGAUUUUGGUGGCAACGAAACACAUUUUACUGGAAACGAAGUUGGUUUUCUCAAGCCUAUAUCUUGCCGAAAUGUGAAUGGCUAUUCAUACAAGGUGGCAGUUGCACUUUCUCUUUUCCUUGGAUGGUUGGGAGCAGAUCGAUUUUACCUUGGAUACCCUGCCUUGGGUUUGUUAAAGUUUUGCACUGUGGGGUUUUGUGGAAUUGGGAGCCUAAUUGAUUUCAUUCUUAUUUCAAUGCAGAUGCUAGAUCUGAAGGAUCCAUGGCCAUGUUUCCAAGUAGCAUUUUCCAACCUGUGUUCAAUUAGUAGUUCUAAAAGACAUAAGAACUUCUUUAAAAAGGAUCUGUGCUCAAAUAUGAUUUGUAAAGCUGCAUUGUCACUCACUGUAAGAGGACACUGGUGGGAGUCUUGUAUUUACAUAUGAAUUUGUAGAGGCAGAAACAAAAUGUUUUUGCACUGGACAGGUUCUCUAUACUAGUAUUCUCUUGGCUGCAAAUUGUACAAACUGAAAUCCAGCUAGCUGCAGCCAAAAAAGAAAACAGGAAUGUCUGGGAGUGCUCUGGAAAAUCCAGGAGUGGGGCUCGUCUUGGACAAGACCAAAUCCAUAGUCAAAUGAUGUACUCACCACUCUCCUCCUCUUCAUCUCUGCUUCUCUGUGUUAGCCUCGUUUUCUUCUGCUGCAGAGGUUUGUGAAAUGCUAACCUUAAGCAUUCAGAAGUUCACCAGAUAUUUCCUAUUCCUAUUUCCACCAGAUAUUUCCCACCAGAUAGUUCCUACUGAACUGGUUGUGGUUAACUCAGGGGGAUUCUUAAAUUAGAGAAGAGAUGAAUUUAUCACAACAAAUGUCACAAAACAGCAUUUCAGUAAUCAUUUAUGGAGCACCUCAUGUCUUCAGCAAGUGUGUCAGUGUGUAUUUAGAUUAUCAUCGGUUUUGCUCUUCUUUUUCAUACAGUAUUUCUAUUCCUUAAUUCUGUCUGCUUGAUGUUAUCCUUAUGCUCUAAAAGAAAGUCAAAAUCUAGGAGAAUUUUGGUAACAUACUGUGAGGAGGGGACCAUACUGUGAGGAGGAGGCAACAUAUGGACCAAUAAGAUACCAGAAUUAAACAAGGAAAAUAUUUGGUUUUAAAGUUGGAAUUUUCCUGUCUUUAUUCAUAAACAUAUGCCUAACCAAAUAUCCUGCCUUCUCUGACUGUGGGACAGGCAAGCAGGCAUGAAGAGGCUAAGGUUCUUCUGCACAUAUGCUUGGAAAUGGGUUUCUCACUUAAAUGAGGAUCCAAGGAACUUAAUGUACUAUUGGGAUUCUUUAAGGUAUACAGAAUUCAGUAUCUUUAAAACCCAACCAUUUAGUUAAUAUUUCACUCUAGGUUCUUUCUUUGGUGAUAUCAGUGCUUUGUAGCUUUAUUUAUGUCAAAUUAUAGAGUUUAUUUGUUGAUUCAGCCACUAUUUUCUGGUACACGCAUAAAUGAACUUUUCAGAACUAAUAGUUCUUUCAGCCACUAUUUUCUGGUACACGCAUAAAUGAACUUUUCAGAACUAAUAGUUCUUUUCUUAAAUAUCUAGAAUUGAGACUAUCACAUCAACCAAUUAUUGAGGUAGAUUUAGAAUGUUUGAAUUUCUACACUAGGUUUCCCUAAAUAAGACAUUUUAAUAGGGAUGACCACUGUAGACUGCUUUCAGACCAGGGGAAAAAUUACUUUUUUCAAAAGUAGCUAAGUAAGAUAUAUAGCCUUAUUCUACCUGUUGUUUAAUAUAUUUGACAUGUGAUGUUGAAUGUAUUCGUUUUAGAGAAUUAUUUUUUCAGUCAAUCAAGUAAGUUUUUACUAUAAAUAUCAUAAAUUAUGUUAAUAUUUUUGUCUUGGAUAUACUUUUUCAAUUUCUUAUAAACCUUUUACAUUCUAUCAUCUUUGUUUAUUCUUCUUUUCUUCUUUAUUUUCUCCAUCCCUAAUUCUUUUCUUUUUACCAUUAAAUAUUACUCCCCAAUGAA